UCAUAUUUCUGCAUCCAACAUUAGUUCUUUGUGUUCGUUUGUGUAAACUUGUGUUUGUAGUUGUUUCUGUGUUGUCCUUUUCAAAAAUUAUGGAUGAAUCAAAUAGUUCAAAUGACAAAGGGAAUAAUGGUCCCGGUAAUAAUGAUAAUGAUCCUACUCAAGGAAAUCGAAUGAAACGACCAUCUUCUUCUACGGAAGGUCAUCCUGGAUCUGCAAAGGCAAAUGAAAAUCAAAACGUAGCUGAACCAACAGGAGAUAACAGUUUGUCAGACGACACUUGGAGAGUGGAGGCAAUUAAUAAUGUUCGUACGACAGUAUCCCCUGUUCGCAGGAUUUCUUUCUCGUCAACACAACAGACUGGAUCUUGUUCAACGAUUCGGUCCUUACUUAUUGGAUCAAAACGACCAUCUUCUUCUACGGAAGGUCAUCCUGGACCUGCGAAGGCACCACAACCAGGACCCUCAUCAAUGUCGCGACCGGGAGCCUCAUCAAUGUCUCAACCAGGACCCUCAUCAAUGUCGCAACCAGGACCCUCAUCAAUGUCGCAACCAGGACCCUCAUCAAUGCCGCAACCAGGACCCUCAUCAAUGUUUCAACCAGGGCCCUCUUCAAUGUCCCAACCAGGACCCUCACAACCGUCACAAGAAGAUCAAGAAGGGGCUUCUGCUAAUCCCAUGUUGGGGGCCCCCCUUCAUGUUGACGUGAGCAUGCAAUACUAUAGACAUAUGGAUGUUGAAGAACAAAUUAUAGCAGAAGUAGGUGAUUUAGCGUUGAGAAUACGCAGAAAUACUUUGCAAAUAGCGAACAACCCUGUCAGCAGAGGGAUUAUACCUUUGGCCCUCUCGCCGUUAAUUGAUUUAGGGCUUUUCCGCAUAGUUUUUCCUGAGGUUGAAGGUCCAUCAUACUUUUUCCUUCUGCAAGAUAAUCAAAGAACAAUACAAGAUGAAUCACGGCCAGUCCGCAGAAGGUUCGAUCCAAGAAAAGAAGAACUGAUGAGAUUUGGAUAUGCUGAGCACAUACCGACAGAAGUAGAGUCCUUUGGUCACUUGAUCAUGCCGUUGGAUUUCUCUGAUGGAUCUUAUAUUCACGCUCUAGGUGGAAUACCAUUAGAUAUAGAACCAGGGACUGAAAUGCGAAUUGACCCAUCCUCCAAGUUAGUACCAUCAGAUAUGCAGAGGAGAAAUCCCAUGUUAAGUGAUAUACUAGGGCUGAAAAAAGCAAACAUCAAAAUACAGAUGAAUGAUCCCAUUUUGACAGCAAUGCUUGGAUCUCCCCCACUUAACUUCUAUCAUAUAUUGAAAAUUUUCGCUCAAUUCUAUAUUGCAAGAGAGAGAACCUUGGCUAGAGCAAGGAUGCUUUGUCUACAAGAAGCCCACAGUAUAGUUCGUAAAGUUCAGCCAAAACUUGCAAUCGAAUGGGCAGAAAUAGAUGAUCUAAUGUAUAGUGAAGAAGAACAAAGAAAUUUGGCCAUGAAACGCCGAAAAAUAAUGCAAAGGGUCAUCCAAGUGGUCAAGCCGUUCCGUCCCUACUUGGUCAAUAUCUGGAAUAUUAUUAAUCCUACCCUAGAAUUUCUUGAGGUAUCAUCUCGGUUGAUCGAAACUCCACCGAAACAAAUACCAACUGGACCUGUGAAUUUUAUGGUUUACCACGUGACUACAGACCAUGCUGUACCAUCUGGAAGCACUUCAGGAACCACGACUCAAGGAACACAAGAAGAACAAGAAACUGCCGCAGCAAAUGAAGAAGAAGAGAGGGAGAGUGAAGAAACACCAUCUGAGGUGCCAGGACAGGUCCAAGCGCAAAAUACAGGUGAAACACAAAGUAGUGGAACAGGGGGUGAAAUACCGGAAGCUGAGGUGUCAGAACAGGUCCAAGAGCGAAAUACAACUGAAACAGAAGAUAGUGAAACAGUUCAAGAGGAACAAACAGCUGAAACAGAGAGCGAGUUUAGAGCAAGGGUGCAAGAGGAGAAUGUAGAAGAAACCGAAACUCAAAGUAGUGCAGCAGCAUGUCAAACAAUGGAAAUUGCAGCAGUUGAUCCAGAAACAGGCUCCAUAGAAGUUGUUUCAACUCGGCAGUAUAUGGGCGAAAGAUUUGAAGCUGUUAUUCAGGCGGAUGUACCUCGUGAAUCUCCACCUAGAUUAACAGAACUUGCAGAACGUGUAGUUCCCACUAGUCCUUCAAUAACUCCAACUGAAACAUCAGAAUAUACUGGCCCAAGACCAUUAUUUCAUGUUCCUCCAAUACCACCAGUCCGCAACAACUCUAAUAGACCAAGAACUCUGCAAGAUUUAGUACAACCUCCUAGUAUCAGUGCCACUAUUCAGAGGAAUGUACCCCGUAAAACUCCACCUAGAUCAACAAAACUUGCAGAACGUGUAGUUCCCACUAGUCCUUCAAUAACUCCAACUGAAACAUCAGAAUAUAUUGCCCCAAAACCAUUAUUUCAGACACCUCGAAUACCACCAGUCCGCAACACCUCUACUACAAUAACAAGUCUGCUUGAUUUAGUACCAACUCCUAGUAUCAGUGUCACUGUCCAAGGGUUUGGUCCACAAAUGUCUCAGCCACGCUCUAAUUAUGUAAUAAAACUGCAUUUCCCACUACCACGAUUCGGACCGGAACGUUCAUCAUCAAGAGUUGAUUACUUUUGUGGAGACUUUCCGCAAGACUAUGGAAUGACACUAAAUAAAAGGCACCCAAGAAGAAGAGAAACUGCUCCUGAUAGACUAUUGGAUUUCAGUAAUGACAUGGAACGUAAUAGGGACAAUCAACCAGCUCCACAAGAUACAGCAUCUAGCCCUUCCAAUACACAGUCUAACACUGUGCAUACAAGUGGAAACCCACCCCCGAAGGAAACAUCAGGCACAGGUACCACGCAAUCAGGAUCAUCAAGUGCCCCUCAAACAGGAGGUACAUCACCCAGGGGAGCGUCUAGCGGAGGCUCCACACAGACAGGAAGAGGUAGCGGAAGUGGCUCACGAAUAGGAACUUUCAGCCCUCAGCAGAGUUCUUCACAAAGAGGCAGACGCACUCAACGGAGAACAACCCCUCGCGAAACUGACAAUUCUAGCGAAACUGACUCACAACCAGAACAGCCCAGUGUCGCACCAAGAAGAUCUCCCAGAUUAGAAGCUCUACAGCAAGCCACGCCAGACAGAUCACCUAGGAGAGUGACUAGAAGUAGUAGUAGUAGGCUUGAGGGAACUGGCUCGCAAACACAAAGUCAGGGCGACAGUGCUUCCGAACCGAAUACACAAACAUCUACCGGAACUUCUUCAGUUUCUGGCACAUCUGGCGCCGAAUCUUCUGGAGUGAUCACACAAAGUCAGGGCGACAGUGCUUCCGAACAGAAUACACAAACAUCUACCGGAGCUUCUUCAGUUUCUGGCACAUCUGGCGCCGAAUCUUCUGGAGUGAUCACACAAAGUCAGGGCGACAGCACUUCCCAACCGAAUACACAAACAUCUACCGGAACUUCUUCAGUUUCUGGCACAUCUGGCGCCGAAUCUUCUGGAGUGAUCACACAAAGUCAGGGCGACAGUGCUUCCGAACAGAAUACACAAACAUCUACCGGAGCUUCUUCAGUUUCUGGCACAUCUGGCGCCGAAUCUUCUGGAGUGAUCACACAAAGUCAGGGCGACAGCACUUCCCAACCGAAUACACAAACAUCUACCGGAACUUCUUCAGUAUCUGGCACAUCUGGCGCCGAAUCUUCUGGAGUGAUCACACAAAGUCAGGGCGACAGCACUUCCCAACCGAAUACACAAACAUUUACCGGAACUUCUUCAGUAUCUGGCACAUCUGGCGCCGAAUCUUCUGGAGUGAUCACACGAAGUCAGGGCGACAGUUCUUCCGAACCGAAUACACAAACAUCUACCGGAACUUCUUCAGUAUCUGGCACAUCUGGCGCCGAAUCUUCUGGAGUGAUCACACGAAGUCAGGGCGACAGUGCUUCCGAACCGAAUACACAAACAUCUACCGGAACUUCUUCAGUAUCUGGCACAUCUGGCGCCGAAUCUUCUGGAGUGAUCACACGAAGUCAGGGCGACAGUGCUUCCGAACCGAAUACACAAACAUCUACCGGAACUUCUUCAGUAUCUGGCACAUCUGGCGCCGAAUCUUCUAGAGUGAUCACUUCAUUGUCAAUAAUACCUACUGCAUCAGGUAGCGCACCGCUCUCCUCACCACUAAAAAGGAGAACAGCUGAAACUGCGGACGACUUGUUAAGAAAAAGGAUGAAGGAUAAUAUCAGUUCACAAGCUGGACCUAGUAAUCCUGUAGAUAUAAACAUGGAAGAGGAAGAUGAAUUAAUGGAAAUUGUAGUCGAAGAUACAAGUCAGGAGCAAGAAAGUGAAGGAAUUUCAAAUGAACCGGGAACAGCACAAGUAGAUCAACAACUAUCCGCCGCAGGGGAAAGUUUACAGUUGUCACCCCCAUGGACGCCUGUGAUAGAGAUGCUAUAUGAGCAAGGAUUGACAUUGCUUCAUAUCGAGGAACAAUAUUUUAAUCAUGGACAGCCAAGAAGACCAGAAGGUGCAGUGCAAACGGGAGAGCCUAGACAACCAGGAGCUGAACAGCAAACGGUACUGCCUAGAAGACCAGAAGCUGAAGUGCUAAUGGUGCAGCCAACUAGACCAGAAACUGAAGAGCAAACGGCAGAGCCAAGAAGACCAGACGCUGAAGAGUCAACGGACCAGCCAGGAACAUCAGAAACUGAACAGCAAACGGAACAGCCAAGAAGCUCAGAAGGUCAACAGCAAUCGGAGCAGACAGGCGGACAAGAAAGUAACCAAACAGCCCAAAGACCACCGAAUGAAGUGCUGUAUCCAGUUUUGUUACAACGUCUAUCUGCUCCUCCUCCACCACAGAGAAGACCUGAUCAACGUGUACCAACAAGCAAUUACAGAUUACGUAAUUAUGUAGAAUAUGACCUCAAUAUUGAACAAGUAAUGGAUCAACCUGCAGCAUCUGAAGUGGAUCAACCUGCAGCUUCUGAAGCGCAAACAUCAAGCCUUCAACCUACCAGUGACCACCCUUUGGCAGAAAUUCCACCAGAGUCGUCACCGUCUGCCAAAAACGAUCAAGAUACCGGCGCACGUCAACAAGAUGUGAGAAAUCCAGCACCAGGUCCUAGCUCUGAAGAUGUCACGAAUAUAAGUACUCCAAGACCCGAUGAGCCUAUAUCAUACGAGCAAGGAUUGGGAUUGCUUCAGAACGAGGAACAACGUUUGAAUCAAGGACAGCCAGGAAGAAAAAAAACUGUACUGCAAACGGGAGAACCAGAAAAUGAACAGCAAACGGUACACCCUAGAAGACCAGAAGCUGAAGAGCUAAUGGUAGAGCCAAGAAGACCAGAAGCUGAACUGCUAACGGGAGAGCCUAGAGAACCAGAAGCUGAACAGCAAACGCUACAGCCUAGAAGAGCAGAAGCUGAAGAACUAAUGGUAGAACCAAGAAGACCAGAAAAUGAACAACUAACGGUAGAGCAAAGAAGAUUAGAAGCUGAACUGGUAACGGGAGAGCCUAGAGAACCAGAAGAUGAACAGCAAACGGUACAGCCUAGAAGACCAGUAGCUGAAGAACUAAUGGUAGAGCCAAGAAGACCAGAAACGGAACAACUAACGGUACAGCAAAGAAUAUCAGAAAUUGAACUGAUAACGGGACAAAUAAGAAGACCAGAAGGUGAACAGCAAACGGUACAGCCUAGAGAACCAGAAGCUGAACAGCGAACGGUACAGCCAACAACACCAGGAACUGAAGAGCAAAUGGCAGAGCCAAGAAGACAACAACAGCCAACGCUACAGCAAAGAAGACCAGAAGGUGAACAGCUAACGGCACAGACAAGAAUGCCAGAAGGUGAACAGCAAACGGAAGAGCCAAGAAGACAACAACAUCCAACGGUACAGCAUAGAAGACCAGAAGCUGAAGAGCGCCGAGCAAUCCAAAUGAUACCAGAUCCUGAACUGCUAAUGCUCCUAUACCACUUGGAAGCGCCUGAAUUAGAAGGCCUUGGCGCCGCUUUGUUUCAAAACAUGGUAGAGAAAGCUAAGGAAAUAUUAGUAACGGAAGCCAUUGAAUAUGGGUACUGGCCAAGCUUACCGGAGCAGGUGAAAGCAAAGGUGAAACCAAGUUUAUGGCCGGUCAAUAAGCUUAAAAAACCAGAACAGAAUGCUGCAUCACGAAACCUGCCACAAGGUACAUCUAGAACAUCUGUAGAUACUAGUCCUGUACAUCCACAGAAUGUUUAUACAUCGCCUUCUAGUGGAACAUCCAGGCAGGUAGAUCAGCAGCAUAGUCGUCGAUCUUCUGCUGGUAGUGCACCAAUGAAGAUAUCACCGCAACAACAGCAACUGAGUCGUUCAUCUUCUGCUGGUAGUGCACCAAUGAAGAUAUCACCGCAACAACAACAACUGAGUCGUUCAUCUUCUGCUGGUAGUACACCAAUGAAGAUAUCACCGCAACAACAGCAACUGAGUCGUUCAUCUUCUGCUGGUAGUACACCAAUGGAUAUAUCACCGCAACAACAGCAACUGAGUCGUCCAUCUUCUGCUGGUAGUACACCAAUGGAUAUAUCACCGCAACGACAGCAACUGAGUCGUCCAUCUUCUGCUGGUAGUACACCAAUGGAUAUAUCACCGCAACGACAGCAACUGAGUCGUCCAUCAUCUGCUGGUAGUACACCAAUGAAGAUUUCACCGCAACAACAGCAACUGAGUCGUUCAUCUUCUGCUGGUAGUAUACCGAUGGAGAUAUCACCGCAACAACAGCAACUGCCUGAAACACCUCAAUGCGCCAGUGGUACAUACAUGGAUACUUCUGCAUGUCAUCUCGGACAUCAUACGCAUCCGAAUGAAUCUGCCACAGACACAUCUCCUAUCACAAAGUCAUGGUACAAAACUACAUCUGGGAGAUGUGUCAAAAGAUUUCAAGGUACCCCUCGUACUGCAGUUGUCAGGAGCCUUUUCAAUCAACCAGGAACAUCUGAAAUGAGUCCACCAAGACUGAUGUUGGAGAGUCAACCAGGACCAUCUAGAAUGGAUCAACCAGGACCAUCUGGAAUGAGUCAACCAGGACCAUCUAGAAUCGAUCAACCGGGACCAUCUGGAAUGAGUCAACCAGGAGCAUCUAGAAUGGAUCAACCGGGACCAUCUGGAAUGAGUCAACCAGGACCAUCUAGAAUAGAUCAACCAGGACCAUCUGGAAUAAGUCAACCAGGAUUAUCUAGAAUGGAUCAACCAGGACCAUCCGGAAUGAGUCAACCAGGACCAUCUAGAAUAAAUCAACCAGGACCCUCUGGAAUAUCUCAACCAGGACCCUCAAGACCGCGCUGUGAUACACCAAUGCCGGUCGAUGAAGAUUCAGAUUCGGACGAUGAAAUAGACGUCAAGAGAUUGUCCCCAGCUGAACCAAGAUGCAAUAGCUUCACCGUGAAGAAGGCUAAAAAUCAAGAGAUGUCCAAGGCAAGGCGAAGGCCACAUAGUUUACCUAAAGAAGCCAUUAUUAUCCCUCCACCAGAUCAACUUGCAAAUAUUUCACUUCCAUUCGUCAGAAAUGUUCCGUUGACAACACAAGUGAAAGACGAAGCACUACCGCGUCGCCUUGCACAAUCAUUAGCUAGAACUAAGCCCUGGAAAGAGCCAAAAAGAAGAAGACUCGAAAAUGAUCAACCAACGAUUCUGACGACACCAAGUCCGGCUUGGGAAAGCACAGAUCCAUCAGAACCUCCUCUUCAUCAACCAUCUGGAUCGGUGCCUGGUAUUGGACUAGUCGACGCUGAUCCGCGGACGACGUUACGGAGAGCCAGAGAGUCAACAAGCAGUGAUUCAAGUUCUUCACAAACUGAACCGAUGAAUCUGGUCGUUUUCCAAAGUCCUUCACCAAAUUUUCCUGUGAAAAGACAGAAACCGAAUAGACCGAGUUCAUCACCAGGUCAAUGCACAGAUCAGGGAGGCCAACAGGGUUCUGGAGGUUCAAGAGAAACUCAGUUACAUCAAGCUGGACCAAGCAGAAUGCAGACACCUCCGAGGCCAACACAAACGCAAAUCAGUCCUCCGAUAGCACAUCAAACAAAACUUGAUUUCCAUCCAGCUGGACCAUCAAGAAGAACACAGACAUCUCGGAAGCGAUCACGAUCGGAAACCAGUCUUCCGAAAGCAGAUCAAAGUGGACCAAGCGGAACACAGACAUCUGGGAAUGGAUACUUUCUUGAUCAUGCAAGCCCAAUAGCAUAUCGAUUACAAUAUCUGUUUGAACGAGCUGGAUAUGGUAUGCAGGUAGCUCAAUUAAAAUCACAAAUAGAACGCUAUUAUGGUUCCAGAGUAUACCUUGAGUUACAUCGACGUGGAUAUGGAUUGCCGCAACAACAACCAAUAAUUCCUAUUUCUGAAGUGCCGAUAUUAUCUCAUCUUGAUGGACCAAGCGGAAACCAGACAUCUCGGAAAAGAACACUAUCGCAAACCAAUCUUGGAUCUGGAAGCUCAAGUAUAUCCCACUCUCAAUCUCAGUUACAUCAAGCUGGAUCUGGAAUGCAGACACCCCAACAACAACAAAGGCAAAACACUCCUGGAUCUGGAAGCUCAAGAGGAUCACAUUCUCAGUUACAUCAAGCUGGAUCUGGAAUGCAGACACCUCAACAGCAACAGAGGCAAAACACUCCUGGUUCUGGAGGCUCAAGAAGAUCUAAUUCGCAAUCUGAGUUACAUCAAGCUGGAUCUGGAAUGCAUACACCUCAACAACAUCAAAGGCAAAACACUACUGGUUCUGGAGGCUCAAGAAGAUCUCAUUCGCAAUCUGAGUUACAUCAAGCUGAAUCUGGAAUGCAGACACCUCAACAACAACAAAGGCAAAACACUCCUGGUUCUGGAGGCUCCAGAAGAGCUCAUUCGCAAUCUGAGUUACAUCAAGCUGGAUCUAGAAUGCAGACACCUCAACAACAACAAAGGCAAAACACUCCUGGUUCUGGAGGCUCCAGAAGAGCUCAUUCGCAAUCUGAGUUACAUCAAGCUGGAUCUAGAAUGCAGACACCUCAACAACAACAAAGGCAAAACACUCCUGGUUCUGGAGGCUCCAGAAGAGCUCAUUCGCAAUCUGAGUUACAUCAAGCUGGAUCUAGAAUGCAGAUACCUCAACAACAACAAAGGCAAAACACUCCUGGUUCUGGAGGUUCAAGAAGAUCUUAUUCGCUAUCUGAGUUACUUCAAGAUGAAUCUGGAAUGCAGACACCUCAACAACAACAAAGGCAAAACACUCCUGAUUCUGGAGGUUCAAGAAGAUCUUAUUCGCUAUCUGAGUUACUUCAAGAUGAAUCUGGAAUGCAGACACCUCAACAACAACAAAGGCAAAACACUCCUGGUUCUGGAGGUUCAAGAAGAUCUUAUUCGCUAUCUGAGUUACUUCAAGAUGAAUCUGGAAUGCAGACACCUCAACAACAACAAAGGCAAAACACUCCUGGUUCUGGAGGCUCCAGAAGAGCUCAUUCGCAAUCUGAGUUACAUCAAGCUGGAUCUGGAAUGCAGACACCUCCACAGCGACAAAGGCAAAACACUCCUGGUUCUGGAGGCUCAAGAAGAGCUCAUUCGCAAUCUGAGUUACAUCAAGCUGGAUCUGGAAUGCAGACACCUCAACAACAACAAAGGCAAAACACUCCUGGUUCUGGAGGCUCUAGAAGAUCUCAUUCUCAAUCUCAGUUACAUCAAGGUGGAUCUGGAAUGCAGACACCUCAACAACAACAAAGGCAAAACACUCCUGGUUCUGGAGGUUCAAUGAGAUAUCAUUCUCAAUCUCAGUUACAUCAAGCUGGAUCGUCCAUGCAGACAACUCAAUUACAAUCUCAAAUACCAAAUAUUCCUAUUUCUGUACAGCCGAUAAUUUCUCAAACACAAUCUCAGUUACAUCAAGCUGGACAACGCGGAACGCAGACAACUCAGAGGCGAUCACGAUCGCCAAUCAAUCGUGGUUCUGGAAGAUCUCAUUCGCUAUCUCAGUCACAACAAGCUAGAUCUGAAAUGCAGACAACUCAACUACAAUCACCAACACAAAACAUUCCUAUUUCUGUACAGCCAAUAGUAUCUCGAACACAACCUCAAGCUGGAACAAGCGGAAUACAGACAUCUCAGAGGCCAUCGCAAAUGCAAACCAAUCCUGGUUCUGGACGCUCAAGAGGAUCUCAUUCACAAUCUCAGUUUCAUCAAGCUGGAUCUGAAAUGCCUCAACUGCAACCACAAGUUCAAAACAUUCCUGGUUCUGGACGCUCAAGAGGAUCUUAUUCACAAUCUCAGUUUCAUCAAGCUGGAUCUGAAAUGCCUCAACUGCAACCACAAGUUCAAAACAUUCCUGGUUCUGGACGCUCAAGAGGAUCUCAUUCACAAUCUCAGUUUCAUCAAGCUGGAUCUGAAAUGCCUCAACUGCAACCACAAGUUCAAAACAUUCCUGGUUCUGGACGCUCAAGAGGAUCUCAUUCACAAUCUCAGUUUCAUCAAGCUGGAUCUGAAAUGCCUCAACUGCAACCACAAGUUCAAAACAUUCCUGGUUCUGGACGCUCAAGAGGAUCUCAUUCACAAUCUCAGUUUCAUCAAGCUGGAUCUGAAAUGCCUCAACUGCAACCACAAGUUCAAAACAUUCCUGGUUCUGGACGCUCAAGAGGAUCUCAUUCACAAUCUCAGUUUCAUCAAACUGGAUCUGAAAUGCCUCAACUGCAACCACAAGUUCAAAACAUUCCUAUUUCUGGACAACCGAUAAUAUCUCAAACACAACCUCAGUUACAUCAAGCUGGACCAAGUGGACUACAAACAACUUAUACGCCAUCACAAACAAAUACUAAUCCUCGUUUGAGAACUAUAUCUGGAGUUCGAAAUGUGGUAGAUCUAGCUCGACAAUUUCAACAGCACACACAAUUCGAAGAUAGUCAGUGUUCUGGAGCUUCGGCCAUAUCUCAGCCACAAUUUGAUGAUCUUCUAGCUCGUCGAAUAAUUCGACAUUAUGCACAAAUUCAAUAUAGUCAGGGUACAACAGUGAGAACGUCAUCACAAUCUUACCAACCUCCUCUCGAUUCUUGUUCAUCUCAAAUGAUAUCAGACAGAUCGACAGAUAAUCAAAGGACACAACCAUCAUCACAAAUUCAUCAUAUUCCAAGUUCUGACGAAGCAAGAACAUCUCAGCCAGCAACAAUUCUUUGUGUAACUGGUAGAGCAGAAUGCAUAUGCACUGGGAAAGGUGUAUUAUUGGCCUUUGAACCACGACCUGAUCUUCAGUCAUCAUUUCCGGCAAGUAGAACAACUGAAGAGAGGAGUCUCAAUUUCAUUUGCAGAAAUCCAGUUUCUGACGAAUCAAUAUAUCUGGAUCCGCCAGUAUUUAUUUGGACUGAUGAUGGAGAAGCAGAGGUCACAUUUAUUGGAUCAGUUGAAUAUGAAACGCUCGAAAAUAGCUGUCAACCUGGAGCUGCUUCCAGCGGAGCUACUACCAGCGGAGCUUCUACCAGUGGAGCUUCUACCAGCGGAGCUUCUACCAGUGGAGCUUCUACCAGCGGAGCUGAAAUACUGAACCAAAAUUCAGACGUUGGUGGGACAAGCGGAACUGAAGGAUAUCCUGAAACACAUGGAAUGGAAAAUCGAAGAUGGAAUUCUAUCCUUGUCGACAUUUAUUCAGAUGUCAGUAAUGCAAGUCUUGAUGAGCAUUGCUUAGAUGGGUCUUCGAGAAUUCAACGUCAUGCUUUUGAUUCAUCACCUAGUAGAUAUGGUCCAGAACAGAGAUCACAAUCUGAUUCUCAUCCAUAUCCAUUACUGGAACGUGAACGUAUUUUAUCACAAUUACAAUUUCUACCUAGACUCAGGCAAAAACAAGCUUCAGAAGGUUCUUCCUUACCAUCUAAUUCACCUAUACCUCAACCAUAUGAAUCCACAGAAAAUCAGGAAACGCAAUUGCUAUCUCAAAUCCAACCAACUCAAGCUCCAGAAGUGUCACUGGAACCACAACCUGAUCCCCGUUCAACACAGAUUCAAUCAGAAGAACACGAGGCACAUAUACGUAUGUUGUCCAGAUUACGUUAUCUAUCAGUAGACAGUCAAGGCCAAUACCCAGGAAUGCCACUGAGUGCACAAACUUAUUCUCAGUCAUCCCAAUAUCAAUCAGGUGCCUUAAGCGAAAAUCAAAGUACUCAAUUGCUACCACAAAUCCAACAAACAAACCCAGGAGUUCCACUAAGGUCAGAAACUAAUCCUCAGUCAUCCCAAUAUCAGUCAGUUGCAUUAAGUGCAAAUCAGAGUAUUCAACUGCUACCACAAAUCCAAACAAACCCAGCAGGAGUGCCACUGGGGACACAAACAUAUCCUCAAUCAUCCAAAUAUCAAUCAGGUGCAUUGAGUGAAAAUCAGAGUAUGCAAUUGCCACCACAGAUCCAACAAACUACAGGACCAGAAGGAAUGGAAUCUUUCCUACCGGUAAUGACAUCCAAUGCAGAUGAGGCCUUAUACGAAAUACUUGGGACUUGGUCAACUGAACACUCGGCAAUACCUCAACCUGAUCUCCAUCAAGUUCAAUCAUCUCAAUCAUCAUCUGGAACAAGCGAAUAUCAAGGUACAGAAUCUACAACCAAACUACACAAUCCAAUUACAGGAAAGUUGAAAAGAUUUAACCCCUUUUCACAUCGAUCUCAAGGAUCUAGUGGACCAAGCGAAGGACAAAGAAGACAGUCACGAUUGGAGAGAGAAGAAAUCCCACCUUCAGGAGGGUCAUCAACUUCAAAAUAUGAUCAUCUUCAUCAACCUGUACCUGGUCAAGCUGAACCAGUUAGCUUGUUGGAACGGUUGCUCUCACAACCAAGGGAUACGGCUUCUGAAGAAGAGGGAUAUCAAUUGUAUCGACGUCUCCAUCUCCAACAACCACAAUCUCAUAUUUCUGGAUUAGGAGCAAGUCAGAUAACACCAUCUCUCAGUCAAACGCAACCAAUCCCGGGCGCUGAGGAACCGAUGAUAUCUCAACCACAAACUCAUCAGUUGGAAUAUCAAACUGGACCCAUUGAAAGUCAGAUGACACAAUCACAAUCCCAAGUGCAGCAUGGUGGAGCUGCUGAAGAACCAUUGUAUCAUCAUUUUAGUGUUUUUGAUACGGAGGAAACCGAAAACAGUUUAGUUCACAUUUUAAUCGAAGUUCCACAGGCUAGUAGUUCACGACGAAAUUUAGAAGUUCCUCUUUGUCCGCCUCAGUACUAUUAUGUGGGAUCAGAAGGAACUAUGAACAUAUUCUUAAAAACAAUGCCGCACAAUCCAGCAGAUCGAAGAUCAUCACUACCUCAAGUAAAUCAAGAAUCAUGGCGCCAGCAAACUGAUUCAGAGCCCUGCACUAGUAGAUCCAGAGCCUACUCAGAACCCUCAGAUCCCCAAGAUAAAUAUAAAAUAGUCGGAAGAGGUCGAUUAAGCAAGAAGAAAAUCAGCGACUUAAAGUUAAAUGAGAUACGCUGCCAAUUUUGUAAUGCGUUCUUCAAAAUUCACGAUAAACCUGAGCAUGAGCGAUCCUGUGACAAUAAAGAAAAUCCAGGUAAUUUCUAGGAACCAUUUCCACUAUAGAACAAGAGAAUUUUCUGAUGGCCAUAGCUUCAUCCCAUCCAGCUAGUUCACAUAGUUGUCUCCGAUGUUCGAUUCCAAAAAUUUUCGCGAAGAACCUUCUUUGAAACUACUGAAUUAUUUCGAAUUAAAUUGACUCCUUCUGAUGGUUCAGCUAGUUUACAAUAUAAUUACCUUGAAUUAUUUCUGUUGAAUUUUAUAUACUUAUUGUUAAUGAUUGUUAAUUAUAUCAAAUGAUAUUUCAAAUAAUGUUUGUUGUGAUAUGUUUGUAUUUUUUUUUGUUAUAAUAUUACUGAUGAUUAUUGUUAAUGACAUCAAGACUGAAUAUCUAGCAGGUAUUAAAAUGCAGAAAUUAAUCGUUGAUAUUUUA